AUGGAUAACGACGAUACUAUUACCGAGCUCAGUGUCCAGAAGGAGGCCGAGAUCAACGCGAUUGCUGCACUGCAGGACACCGUGUACAAUCUCGCCUUGCGCGAUGUCGACCCGGUCAACAUCAGCGUGACCAAUCUGUCACUCGAUGUCAACACCGCACCUCCACUAUGGGAGACGUCGCCCUCGCAGUUCUGGCGCCGACUUCGAGGCCAGCAGCGCUCCGAGGACAUGAGAAAGACAGUCCUCAAUGGCGUGUAUGCCGCCAUGCCUAGCGGCAGCUUGACGGCCAUCAUCGGCAGCAGUGGAUCGGGCAAAACGUCGCUGCUCAACCUCAUGGCUGGUCGGAUGGCUGUAUCUCGGGCCAAAGGCUCGGGGACAACGACUUUCAACGGCAGCACCAACAUUGAACGUGUCCGCAGCGCCUAUGUCAUGCAGGAGGAUGUUCUCAUUCCGACGCUGACGGUCCGCGAGACUUUGCGUUACUCUGCUGAUCUCCGGCUGCCACCACCGACGACCCAGAAGGAGCGACACUCCAUCGUUGAACAGGUGAUUCUCGAGCUGGGCCUGAAGGAGUGCGCGAAUACGCGCAUCGGUACCACCUCCCAUAAGGGCUGCAGUGGCGGCGAGAAACGCCGCACCAGCAUCGGCGUGCAACUGCUAGCAAACCCCUCGGUGCUAUUUUGCGACGAGCCAACAACAGGACUAGACGCCACCAGCGCUUUCCAGAUUAUCAGAACUUUGAAACGGCUGGCUCAGGAUGGCCGGACGGUUGUUGUCUCAAUUCAUGCGCCGCGCUCCGAGAUUUGGAACCUCUUUGAUAAUGUGAUCCUCCUAGCUCGGGGCUGUACGUUGUAUAGCGGACCAGUCAACGGAUCACUGCCUCAUUUUGAGGAAUGCGGACACAUCCUACCCCCGUUUGUGAAUCCAGCGGAAUUCCUGAUUGAUUUGGCCGCUAUCGAUAAUCGAACGGAGGCAUUGGAGGCUGCGUCUCACGUUCGGGUCGACAAUCUUCUGGAGGCCUGGAAAUCCAAACAAACUGCCACAACUGACGACAAGAAUGAAAAGAAGGCAUCUACAAACCCCGAACUAAACCCAAUUGAGGUCACAUCAACAAAGAAAGUCUCGUUUCGUCGCCAGUUCCGCGUGCUAACCUCUCGCACAUUCAAAGUCACUAUCCGGGACCCGAUGGGCGUGGCUGGAAGUCUUUUUGAAGCUGUCGGCAUGGGCGUGAUCUGCGGAUGGAUCUUCCUGCAACUCGACGAAAGUCUUGCGGGCAUCCGCUCGCGCCAAGGCAGCCUGUACACGGCCAGCAGCCUGAACGGCUAUCUCAUUAUGCUGUACGAGACAUAUCGGCUGACGAUCGACAUUCGACUCUUUGACCGGGAACGCAAUGAAGGUGUGGUCAGCGUGCCGGGAUUCCUACUCAGUCGACGAGCUGCGCGCCUCCUGCUGGAGGACCUGCCCGUGCCGCUACUGUUUUCCCUCAUCUACUACUUCAUGGUCGGAUAUCGUAUCGACACUGCGCAGUUCUUCAUCUUUUUCAUCCUGACGGUGCUUACACACUACAUCGCCAUGACCUUUGCAGCUGUUGCGAUCGGAAUUGCGCGAAACUUCCCCGGCGCAAGUCUGGCCGCCAAUCUUUGUUUUACGGUUCAAUCUUUUGCAUGCGGCUACUUUGUGCAGUCCAACCAGAUCCCAGUCUACGUGAGGUGGAUCAAGUGGUGUGCCUAUACCUUCUAUAUCUUCGGAGCGCUUUGCGCAAACGAGUUCAUCGGUGUCGACACUCCCCCGUACGGCCAUUUUUACGACUGUCCAUACUCCAAGGACCCGCUCGACCCAGCAUGCAAAGAGUACACUGGUCGCUAUAUCAUGGACAGCCUGGGGCUGCCGUCUAAUUGGAUCUGGCGGCCGAUUGUCGUGAUGGUUGCAUUUGCCAUCGGCCACUCCUUGUUGGCGGGCUUGUUAUUACAAUACAACCGCUUCGCGAUGGACAUUGCUCAGGCUCGACGGUCCGAGGGUGAUCCCUCGGGCGGGAAAGCUAAGAUUGCAGUUCGGGCAGCCGAAGAAAGCCGACGUGUGGCCAUUUCUCUCGACCAGUAUGCAUUGGAGAUCCGCAAGCGAAGGUUUCCAUGGAAGAAGGCGCGGAAAUUACAGAUUUUGCGGCCCAUUACUGCGGAAUUCCAUUCAGGACAAUUGAAUAUCAUCAUGGGCCCGUCCGGGAGUGGCAAGACGUCGCUGCUCAAUUCAAUUGCUCGGAGGCUGCACGGGUCCAUGGGGACACAGUACCGAGUCAAUGGCAUUAUGCGGUACAACGGGGCUGUGCCAUCAGAGAGCGUGAUCCGGUCUGUGACAUCUUUCGUAACGCAGGACGACGAUGCCCUGAUGCCAUCUUUGACAGUCCGGGAGAGCUUGCGAUUCGCGGCAGGACUACGACUGCCGACAUGGAUGUCGCGCGAAGAGAAGAAUCGCCGCGCAGAGGAGAUUCUGUUUAAGAUGGGCCUCAAGGAAUGCGCAGACAAUCUCAUCGGCAGCGAAUUGAUCAAGGGAAUCAGCGGCGGCGAGAAGCGCCGAGUGACCAUCGCCAUCCAGAUCCUGACAGAUCCCAAAGUGCUGCUGCUGGAUGAGCCCACGUCAGGGCUAGACGCUUUCACGGCUAUGUCCAUCAUCGAGGUGUUGCAGGGCCUCGCUGCCGAAGGCCGCACUUUGAUUAUGACCAUCCACCAGUCUCGUUCCGAUCUGUUCGGCCAUUUCUCGCAGAUCCUGCUCCUGGCCCGCGGCGGGUACCCUGUAUACGCUGGGAAGGGAGAGCAAAUGCUCCCGCACUUUGCGGCAUUGGGACACGAAUGUCCCAAAGCAACGAACCCGGCCGACUUUGUUUUAGAUCUGAUUACCGUCGACCUGCAGCAGGAAGACCGUGAAGCCAUUACGCGCGAGCGUGUCCAGCAUCUAAUCAGCUGCUGGACGGAUGCUGUCCCAGAUCUUGGGCGAGUGAACUCCCGGAUCGCAACGCCGGCGGAACUGGGCAGUCUAAAACGCCAGAUGCUGCCCUUCCGAGUCACGUUUCCACUGGUGCUGCACCGUUCGACCAUCAACUUCUGGCGCCAGCCACCGCUGGUGAUGGCGCGGUCGAUGCAGGUUGUGGGAAUUGCGAUUAUCAUGGCACUGUUCUUUGCGCCGCUCAAGAAUGAUUAUCCGGCUGUGCAGUCGCGAAUGGGCUUCGUCCAGGAGAUUGCGGCGUUGUACUUUGUGGGCAUGCUCCAAAAUAUCGCCAUAUACCCUGGUGAGCGCGAUGUGUUUUACCGCGAAGAGGCAGACAACUGCUACUCCGCUGAGACAUUCAUCCUAUCUUAUACAACGCUCGAAGUGCCCUUCGAGGUUGCGUCGGCGCUAAUCUUCGGCGUCCUCGCCGUCUACGCCGAUAAUAUGAAGCGCAGCGUGAAAAUGCUCCUCAUCGCGGCCUUCAACUGCUUCUGCAUCAUCAGCUGCGGCGAGUCAGUGGGGAUAAUGUUCUGCACGCUCUUCUCGCACGUCGGCUUCGCCGUCAACGUGACCUCGAUCCUGCUUUCCAUCUCCACAAUUUUAGGCGGGGUCAUGAGUCUCAACGUCAACGAUGUGCUGCAGGGCCUCAACCAUCUCUCUCCAAUCAAGUAUUCCAUCGCCAACCUGGCGCCAUACUCCAUGCACGGCCAGCAUUUCGACUGCACGUCCGCUGAGCGGCUUGUCAGCGGUCAGUGUCCGAUUACUUCGGGCGACCAGGUGCUGAAGCUUUAUAAUCUCGACAAGAACGGGCCUAUGAAUAUCAUGGCUCUGGGCGUGUGCACUAUCGCCUACCGGGUCGUUGCCUACGCUCUGCUUAAGGUGAUGACAUCGCACCGGGUCAUGGAGCGCUGGCGCGAGUGGCGACGGGCGCGACAGAAUCCGUAA